GUAAAUAUCAAGCAUAACCAGGAAGAUUUAAUAGCAAAUAUUUAAUACCAAUUUUGAAAGCAUGUUAUUUUACAGAUUGAUUUUAUGUGGAAUGAUAUUAAUGAAUAAGAAUACAUUAUAUAAUACCGUAUCUUGCCAGGAUGUCUCCAUGAUACUAUCACGGACAGUUCUUUUUCAGCAAGAAAAACUUAGAAUUGGAUGUAGUCCUUCCGAGGCACCAAUGUGGGUGUCUAUAACUAACGUCACACUCGAAAAAAAUACAUCUAAUGGUUUUCAGAACAUCGUUACGGUUUAUUUUGAUUUGAAAAGUAUGCAAAAUGCAACAGCUUGGACUCGGACAGGUUGGCAGAAUCGCGCCACUGUUAUCAAGGAAUAUAUAUACCCAAUUAUGAAUUCCGGACUGGCGUUUGACAUCCCACCCGAAAAUGUUUUAUGUUCAGAUGAAGGAGUAUUUCGCUGUACAGUUAUUGGUACCUCAGCUAAAAAUCAGCUAUUAGAGAAAGUGAAAAUUGGCACUGUGGAAUUAAUAGUACGGCCUACAACGAUCCAUCAGAUACAAGUUAGUCCAAAACCAGAAAUGGAUGAAACAUAUAACCCAUAUACAUUAAUUCAGUUGAGUUGUACAGGAACAGUAGGUGCUCCUGCCCAAGUCUUAAGAUGGUGUUUUAGGAGAGAAAAUGACAAACACUUUCGAAGUUGGCUAGAUAACGGAGACAUUGACCAAGGACCGGUUUUCCCGCAAGGUUGUCAGAAUAGUCAGACGUCUACAUUGGGAUACAAUGUUUCUGCCGAUUUCCAGUAUACGGAAUUCAUAUGUGAAACUGGGGGUACAAGUACAAUAUGUGGACAUGCCAGUUCAAUUUCAUCCAAUAUAACAAUAUACAAGUAUACAGUGCCGACACGGCCCACAUAUGUGACGUCUAUAGAAACAACAGAAUGCUCAUCAGAAAGGGAGAUACUUCUACUAGGUUGCACGAUUAUUCUCUUAGCAGUGGUAAUUAUAGGAUUCAUCAUCUCAGUAACGUUUUACAAAAAAGGUAUAAUUGUUAUAAAGUGGAAAAAAGAAAGAAUAUACCAAGAUACAAUGAAGACAACAACAGAACAUGCUUAUGAUUUGACAACAGAUACCAAUAUGUACGAAACUGUAUAAAGCUGAUCCAACUUGUAUACUUACCUUCCUGCUGUUUAUAAUACGCUACUAUAUAUUAACAUUUCACAUAAUUUUACAAUAUCUCAUAAAUAGUCAAUACCUCAAAAAUUAAAAGAAACAUAUUUUUACCGUUGCACUAUUUUAUUAUUUAUAAAGAUUUAUGAAUAAAAUUUGAAAUUAGAACAAAGGUUUGCAAUUUUGUAUUGUUUUAACUUAUCAUAGCUAGCGCCAGAGAACAAAUUUUAUCAGUUCAAACAAGGAGCAUGUACAGGAGACAUUUAACAGAAUUUUUAUUAAAACAAAAAUGUAUGGAUGAAACAUCUUUGGUUAUUUAUAUAAAGUGUCAAAUUCUUCAGGAAUUGGAUUCUGAAUUUAUAGAUGUUACAUGUCAGAAUUUGAAUUACGAUUACUAGAUAUAUUCUUGAGAAAAAAAAAUUAGCUAAACACCUUUUCUUGUUUGAAU